AUGUCAUCAUCUCAGGCUCUAGCAGAAAGUCAGGGUAAACCAAGCAGGAAAAGAAGAAAUUUAUCUACAUAGGUUUAAAACAAAGCAAGACUAUCGAUUUGGGAUAAAGAUCCAUAAGAGCUCUUUAAUCAGUUUGACUAAAGAAGGGAGCAAAAGAAGGAUAUUUUCAAGCUGGAUGAGUAUUUCGUAAAUAAUAAGUUUUUUAAGAAUCUGGCUAAAGAUACAGAUAGAGAAACCACUUAUCACUGUUAUAAGAUUAUGAACUUUCAAACAUUUUAUGCAGGAGAGACUAUAUUUCAUUUCGGCGAUACUGCUUUUACAUUUUACAUUAUGCUGAGAGGAGAAGUUGCAGUCAAGAUACCUUAGGCAAUAGAUUUAGAAAUAACACCGGAUGAUCUCUUUAUCUUCUGCAUUUAAUUCUUUGAUGAUAUUGAAUGGAAUAAAUUCCCAUUAGGAGAUGUUGUCAGACCAGAAAUUAAAUCUGAAAUUUAAAGACUUGGAGUGACAUUCGAGAACUUAAUAGAAAAAAUCCCCUAAAUAUAAGACAAAUUAAAGAAAAAGGAAUUUUAGAUUCCUUAUUGCUUAAAUGAGGUUUUGGAUGGGAAAAGAUUGGGCAAUAUUAAAGUUUGGGUUGUCAAGGAAGUUUCAUUAAUGGGAGAGGAUAAAAGAGAGUAUUAAGUUAUUGUGGGUAACGCAAUGAAAAGACAAGUUAAUGAAAAGGUUAAAUUCUUCAAGAAUUUUAGAAUAUUUUCAAAUCUCUCUAAAAAUAAGAUGCAGAGGAUGCUUUAUUACUUUUAAGAGAGAUAGUAUCAUAGAAAGCAAGUUGUAUUCAUGGAAGGGAUUGAUAAUACUGAUGGUGUAUACUUCAUUAAAAAUGGCGAAUUUGAAGUCUCGAAAAAAGUCAAAAUUGAGAAACAAGAGGAUAAGGCUCAUGUUGUAAAUUAGUUACAGACUGUAAAUAAGUAACUCAAAGAUUCCAUGAAGAUUAAUUUUCAGCAUACUUAGUAAAUAGACAUCUCUUUAAAGUAAAUAAGACUAUACUUACAAGGAGCUAAUGAAAUAUUUGGACUUGAAGAGGUAGCUGAUAACAAGCCCAAAAGAUUAACGACUGUUGUCUGCUCAACAAAUCAAGCCACUGUAUUCUAUAUUAAGAAAGAGGAUUUUAUCAAUGGAGUAAAUUUGUUCAAGUUCAGCGAUAAAAUUUUGCAAGAAAAAUUUUUGAAAUAGCAACUUCUUAACCUCAGAAUGGGUGAGACUGAGGUAUUUCGACUUAAAAAAGAAGAAGAGUUUGAGUAGACAAGAAAAUAGAAGAUACUUGAAAGGGAAUCUGAGAAAACAAUGUUAAUACAAGUGAAUGAUGAAUUCGACCAGAAAUAAUUUUAAAAAGCGACUAAAAAGUUAAUAUCAGAUAAAAAGACUUUGAAUUUUAGUCCUGGACUACUAAAUCAAAGAUUAAAGUUUAUCAAAAUGAAAGGAGAAAUGGAGAGAAUGGAAAGGACAAAUUAAAACGAUGGAUUUGCCUCACACAGAUCUGAUGAGCAGAAGUCAUCAACAAGGAUACUUAUUAAUGCUAAUAAAAUGGAUAGAAAUAAUCAGUUAAGCCCUCUAUUUAAUGAAAAGAUAGCUAAUCCUAUAUCCUAUUAGUAAAGUAAUUCUAAAAGUUAAUUAGCUCAUGCUUAUUAUGCUCUUGAAACAGGUACUGUGACUACAAAAUAGUCUUCACCAAUGACAAAAAGCAUAAGAACUUACAGAGUUAAGACUUCUAAAUCAAAUAGUAAAAAUCUAACAGCUGUUAAAUCCAUGGCAGGAUUGAUGUAAAGCUAAAAUGACAUACCUUUAGAUGAAGAAGAGAAAUUUAUGCAGAUUCAAAGUCUUGAAAAAUAUGAUCAGAAAUAAAUCACAUAAACAGCAUUUAAUGUUCCACAAUACUUGAAUCAGACUUACAAAUUCUACAAUAAGGUCAAAUAACCUUCUUGGAUGGAGAGACCAUUGGUCUAAUUAAGAUAAAAACUUAAAACUUCAUUACCUAGCUAAUAGCAUUCGAAGAAAUCCUCUUAUACCUUGAACCAAGACUUACAAAAUUUAAAAUAACUAAAUAUCCCUUAACCUCAUCUACCAACUAUGCCGAUUAUAGAAUCUCAACCAACUACAGAAUAGAUGCCUUCAUAGAGGAAAAGUGUAUAAAUAAAUCAGCCUAUUUAAAAUCAAAAGAGCGCUCAGCUUUUGACUAUGAGCCCUAGCCUUUUACCAGCUGUCACUUCAUAAAAAUAUUUAAAUGCUAAGCUUUCGUAAAACAACAUUAUUUUAUCUUAAGAUCAUCAUCCAGAUGAUUGCAAAACUUGUGUAUUCUGUCGGAAAUAAGCUACAAGAUAAUUAAUUCAAAGACCCAUCACUAAAUAAGAAAUAUCCAAAAAAAUUGAGAAAGAGAAAAUCAUAUCAUUUAGGGAGAAUCUUUCUAAAAAAUUUAAUAGAAACCUUAUUAGAGAAUAGAAUGAUGCUCUCAACAGAGUCUACUAAUUUUACUGA